UUCCGCCCCGCUCUGCAGCGCCCUCUGUUGGUGGGGUUGCGCGCUGCACCCUCAUGCUGUGGGUGGCGAGUGUCACUCGUAGUGCUGUUUUGGCCACUGGUCUCUGUCCUCGGGGACCCCCCCGCGGCCCCACAGGCCGCGGGGGGGGGGCCCGAGGACAGAGACCAGUGGCAGAAACCUGAGUGCAUGCCCCAUCCCACAGCACAGGGCACAAGCUUGAGACCACCAAAGUGCAUUCCAGUCCAAUAAAUGGUGUUAAAACACCCCCCAGCAGGCUGCAAGUGGUCAUUUCCCAUGCAAGCACGGCCCCGUGUUGUCCACCUGGGGUGCAUUGCAACCUGGGGACACCUAUCAGUGCUCUCAGCGCUUCACCGCUGCUGGCAUUGCUUGAAAGGGCCAUUUAUUUAUUUUCUUCCCACUGAACAGACCUUUGUUUCCAUGAAAAAAUGCCAUAUGGAGCCCGAGGCCUUGCACGCUUGUUGGCUGGGCUGCUGGCAAAGCGAGCAUGGCCCUCCCCAUAAACACAGGUGUUGCUCCUCCUUCCCCUUGCAGUGACCAGGGGACGGCUCCACAGGUACGUCACGCUCCUGAGGAUCUCUCUGCAAAGCCACUUUCUGCAGCUCGGGAUGGCAAGGCUGGUGCUGGAGCUGCUGGCUGCGGCGCUGCUGCUGCGUGUGGCCGCCACGCUGAGGAUCAGUGCCUUCAACAUCAGGACGUUUGGAGACAGCAAGAUGUCCAACCAGACGGUCGCAGGCUUCAUCGUCUCUAUCCUGGUGCAGUACGACAUCACCUUGGUGCAGGAGGUGCGGGAUGCUGACCUGAGCUCCGUGAAGAAGCUGGUGUCCCAGCUCAACAGUGCAUCAUCGUACCCCUACAGCUUUUUGAGCAGCAUCCCCCUGGGUCGGAACAGCUACAAGGAGCAGUACGUCUUUAUCUAUAGGUCGGACAUCGUCUCUGUGCUGGAAAGCUACUACUAUGAUGAUGGCUGUGAGUCCUGUGGGACGGACAUCUUCAGCAGGGAGCCCUUCAUCGUGAAGUUCUCCUCUCCCACCACCCAGUUGGAUGAGUUUGUCAUCGUGCCGCUGCACGCAGAGCCCAGCAGCGCUCCAGCUGAGAUCAACGCACUCACCGAUGUCUACACGGAUGUCAUCAACAAGUGGGAGACCAACAACAUCUUCUUCAUGGGUGACUUCAAUGCUGACUGCUCCUAUGUGACCGCGGAGCAGUGGCCCUCCAUCCGCCUGCGCUCCCUGAGCUCCUGCGAGUGGCUCAUCCCCGACAGCGCCGACACCACCGUCACCAGCACCGACUGCGCCUACGACCGCAUCGUUGCCUGUGGCUCCGCGCUGCGCCAGGCGGUUGAGUAUGGCUCUGCUACGGUCAACAAUUUCCAGGAGACUUUGCGUAUCCAGAACAAGGAUGCUUUGGCCAUCAGUGACCAUUUCCCAGUGGAGGUGACGUUGAAGGCCCGCUGAGACCUGAGCCAACAGCCAGCAGUGAGGAGUCCACGCACCGCUGGCUCCAACAAAGCUCCGUAACCACUUGAUUUGCUGCACGCUGCCUCUGCAAGGAGCCAGCCCUCAGGGCUCCUGCCACUGUGGGAUGCCCUCAGCUUGCAUUAAAAUGAUGCCGUGU